AUGUCCUCCAAAAAAGAUAAUUCAAAUGUUGAUGGAAGCUCAAAUAAAAUUGGGCAGCGGUUUUAUACUAGUGUUUGGGAAUUACCCAAAAUAUCACACAUAAAGAAGGAUACAACAAUUACGAAUACAUGUAAUGCAUCAGAAACAAAUGAAGAAGAAGAAGAAGUCAGUACCCAUCAAAAAAUUACUAUUACAAAGUUUGAUGCUAUGAAAAUAUUUCAUGAUUAUACAAUUUUAUAUAUUGGUGAUCCAUUAAUACGAACACUGUACCAUGAUUUAAUCAAAUUAUUGUCAAAUGGAACAUUAUUGGAUGUUAAAGAAGUUCAACAACAAAACGGUGAAUAUACUCCUAUUAAAAAUGAAAAUAGUUUGAAAUUUGGUAGACAAAUUGGAAUGAAUGAGUAUCAAGAUAUCCGUCGAUUUGAUCAAUCAGAAUCUGGUACAACAUGCAUUUAUAUUCAUCUUCCGACAAUCAUGAAUCAUACUGCACAAACAAAUAUUGAUUUUCUCAACAGAUUAAAAAAUCUUCACAUUGAUCUUGUUAUCUUUUCUUCCUAUUACAUGGACAUGAAUUAG